AUGUCGAAGCAUCAUCCCGACUUGAUCAUGUGCAGACGCCAGACCGGUAUUGCUAUCGGUCGUCUGUGUGAGAAGUGCGAUGGCAAAUGCCCGAUUUGCGACUCAUACGUCCGCCCAGAGACCCUCGUCCGCAUCUGUGACGAAUGCAACUUUGGAAAUUAUGGUGGGCGAUGUAUCAUUUGUGGCGCACCAGGUAUUUCCGAUGCAUACUACUGCGCAGAGUGCACACGAUUGGAAAAGGACCGUGAUGGAUGCCCAAAGAUUGUCAAUCUCGGUGCCUCGAGAACAGAUCUCUUCUAUGAGCGAAGACGUUUGGGCUUUAAGAAGGGAUAG